ACGUUGAGUGACAUUGAAAGUGUCACAACAUUCCAGUGUUUAUAAAAUGUAACCUUCUUCAGCUCGGUUUUCUUCAUUCUUCCCACACUAUGGCCGACAAUACCGCCAGUAGCACCUCCAAGGUCGAAACCGCUCGUCUCUCACUUGACCCACCCUCGGCUGUGGACGAUGCCGCCAUGGGCGCUAUGCUCUCGGACCCUGCAACGAUGGUCCACCUCCAGUACAUGGCCAAAUCAUGGCAAGGCGGUUGGAAACCCGAGGAAUUAGUCGCGCGUCGCGAGAACCACAUCAAGACCAUGAACGAUAAACGGGGAUCGACAUUUUAUAUCCACAACAAGUCCACAGGAGAGCUUGCGGGCGUCAUGGGCGCUAAUAUGAUCAAUAUGAAGGAUCGCAAUGCAACAGUUGGAAUCAUUCUCUCAAAGAAAUAUUGGUCCGGAGGAUAUGGCAUAGAAGCGUUGUUCGAGCUCAUGCGUGGGCUUUUUGAGGAUCUGAAGUUGCACAAGCUGCUUUACGAGACGACGGAGGCUAAUGUGGGUAUGCGCAAGUUCCUGGAAGAGACAUGCGGUGUGCCGAUGGCCUAUAUCCGCAAGGAGGAAGUAUGGUGUCAAGCAACCGAGAAGUGGCUCUCUCUCUGGCAAUACGAGCUCUUUGAGGAUGAUUGGCCCCGUAUCCGUGCCAUCUUGCUGGAGAACAUGAAACGUGGUGCUGCGAAGCAUGCCACCACUGCUUAAAGCUGCUUCUACCGCACCGGAAAACGAAAUAAAAUGCUUAGAAGACAAGAUAAAUAUAGGUUUAUUUACAUGAAAACG